AUUUUCAAAUUAAAUCCACUCCUUUCAUCUCUCUCAUCAAUUUUUCAAAGUAAAUUCUCUCUCUCUUGUCUGAAAUAACCAGAAAACCACUAAAAAAUAACGGAAGCUACUUCACAGUCAUCUUUCUCAGGUGUAAGGGAAGCAAACUCAGUGAUCAUAGAUAGAGAGUGAGCCCCAAAACCACGCAGCCAAUGAUUUAAAGGCCAGAAGUUUCUCUCUCUAAAAACCCAAUGUGAUGGGCAACGGAAUAUCCAGGGUUCUCCCCUGCUUCACUCCCUCCAAAACCUCCUUCCCUAACCACCAUGAAGCCAUCUUCUCAGGGCCACUAGAUGAAGCUCUUGGCCACUCCUUCUGUUACAUAAGACCUCCUUUACCGGGCUCAACCUCUCAAAGAUUUUCCGCAUCAAAUUCUCAGACGUUUUCUCCGUCAAAUUCUCAGAGGUUUUGCUCACAAGAAGAAGAAAAGGAAGAGGAAGACCCAAAAACCAGAAGUGGCGGUUUUACUGAAACCACCUUCAGAUCCAUCUCUGGAGCAUCAGUAAGUGCAAACACCUCAACCCCAAGAACAACAUCACUUUUGAAUGAAAACCAACUCCAAAACCAGGCUAAGAGUCUCAGUCAUGGCUCCAUUAACCAAAACCACAAUUUUUGGGUCACUGGUUUUGAGAGCACCUCAUCUUUCAGUGCGCUGCCAUUGCAACCCGUUCCAAGGCUUGAGCACCAGAACCCAGAGAUGUGUUUCUCUGGAAAUGUCGAUAGGAGCUUCAUGUCUGGUAUUUUAGAAAGAGGUUUCAUGUCUGGGCCGCUAGAGAGAGGAACAGUCUCGGGUCCUCUUGAUAACAAUGAUGGGAUUCAUUUCUCUGCACCUUUGGGUGGUCUUUACCUCAAAAAGAAGGGAUUUUCUAGUGCGAGACGGAAGGGUCUUUCUAGUGUGAGAAAGGCUUUUCAGAGGAGCUUCUCAGAGAGACAGAGGCCAUGGGUGGUUCCUGUCCUUAACUUUGUGGGGUUGCAACCCUUUAGGAAAUGUUAUAGUGGGAAAGAAAAUUGCCCAAACAUAAAUGACCCCAACAUAUAUAUGGGGUUUAACACUGAUUUAGAGAAUGAAAAUCUUCAAUGGGCUCAUGGAAAAGCCGGGGAAGAUAGGGUUCAUGUGGUCGUAUCCGAGGAGCAUGGAUGGCUAUUUAUUGGGAUCUAUGAUGGUUUCAAUGGUCCUGAUGCUCCUGAUUUUCUCCUGGGUAAUCUUUAUAAGGCGGUUUUCAAUGAGCUCGAAGGUUUGUUAUGGAAUAGACAAGAAGAAAUUGCAGAUGGAGUGGUAGAGAAUGUACUAGUAGAAGGUAAGGAGCCAAAUCCGAAUUUGAACACUGAUAAACGAAAUUCAGAAAGAGAAUCAACUGUAACUGAUGUUGACGAAGAGAAAAACUCAAUUGCCACGGGUGGCGAUCGGGCUGACGAUUUGGUUGCUGGUAUGGCUAGCAGUGAAGUAAUUGAAGUGCAAAGCUCAAUUGUCCCGAGUAAUGAUCUGAAUCCAACUUCAGAUUUUCAUAAAGUAGAUAGAGAGAGGAAUUCCAAUCUACUCGUCAAUGAAUUCGAUGAGAAGAGAAAUAUGACUGCGAUAGGUGCCAAUCAAAAGAACUAUUUGCUUUCAACUACGCCAACAUGUAGAAAAGUCUAUAAUGGUUUUGAGGAGAAGUCUAAUGAAUUGGUGGAAGAGAGAGAACUUGCUGGAUAUGGUAACACUGAGCAACGAUCUCAUAGAAAGAUGCAAGAAGACAGAGAAAAUGCAGUAUGUGGUAGUGGUGGUCUUGGGGAGAGUGGGGAGCCCAUUAGUUUGCCGCAUUCUGGGUCUUUGGCAAAGAGAGUAACCUUUGAAUUGCAAAAACCAGAUGAAAGUAAUAUAAGGAAAGGCAGGCCUCUCCGUGAAUUGCUCGCUGAGGAAGACGAAGAUGGCUUCGAAAUUUGGGGAUCCAAUAGGUUUACUUUCAGUUUAGACAAUAUAUUCAUGCGUCAUAAACGUGCUUCUAAUGCUUCAACGAAAACUGCCUCUUAUCUAGAGAGAGAAGGAAUGAGUCAAGAAGAUAUGAGGGGGAAAUAUAAGUCUUCCAUAAGAAGGGCUAGAGGGAGAUCGAUGCUUUUCUCGAGGCUUAAGCAUGGAUAUGCCAAUCACAAAGAGAACCGUAGAAAGUUGUUUCCUUGGGGACAUGAUUGGGAUAAAGAGAAGGUAGAGGUUGAGAUAGGAGAGGAAAGGCCAAAAAAAACUCAUAGAAGAUGUAGAUCAGGUCAAAUUGAUCAUGAUUCUAUAUUGAAGGCUCUUGAGCAAGCACUUGAAGCAACUGAGGUAGCAUAUUUAGAAAUGACCGACAAGUUUUUGGACGAGAAUCCUGAGCUUGCUUUGAUGGGUUCUUGCUUAUUGGUGAUGUUGAUGAAAGAUGAGGAUGUAUACAUAAUGAAUGUGGGUGAUAGUCGUGCUAUUGUAGCACAAUAUCAACCAGAAACAAAGAGUUGUAAUAGAGUGACAAAAGAGCAAGAAGGGCAUGUGAUAGAACUAGAGGGUAUUGUUGAAGAGGCCCCCGAAUCUAGUGAGAGAAAUGAGAACUUGGGAAAUGAUGCUUCUCCCGCGGCCCCGAUGAAAUUGACUGCACUGCAAUUAUCAACGGAUCACAGUACAAGCAUUGAAGAAGAAGUUUUAAGAAUCAAAGAAGAACACCCUGAUGACAGUGAGUGCAUUGUCAAUGACAGGGUGAAAGGUCGAUUAAAGGUUACCCGUGCAUUUGGGGCUGGAUUUCUCAAACAGCCAAAGUUGAAUAAUGCAUUGUUGGAAAUGUUUCGGAAUGAGUACAUCGGCUCUGCUCCAUACAUAUCCUGCUCCCCUUCACUUCGUCACCACAGACUUGGUCCAAAUGACCAGUUCUUAGUCCUCUCCUCUGAUGGCCUAUAUCAGUAUUUGAGCAACGAGGAAGUGGUUUCUCAUGUUGAAAAUUUCAUGGAGAAGUUUCCAGAUGGAGAUCCUGCUCAAUACUUGAUUGAGGAGCUUCUAUUUAGGGCAGCCAAGAAAGCAGGCAUGGGUUUCCAUGAGUUGUUGGACAUACCACAAGGGGACCGUCGAAAGUACCAUGAUGAUGUUACGGUCAUGGUAAUAUCACUCGAAGGAAGAAUAUGGAAGUCCUCGGGUAAAUACAUAUGAAUAUCUUUAACUAGACGGUUCUUUUUUGCCUGCCAUCGAGAGAGAGAGAGAAGAUGAAGACCGCAUUAUUUUCAAGUUUGGACCCCUGAAAUCUCUGAUACAUGGCUUCAAGAUAGCAAAGUUGGGGAUAUCCGUCUUCCAAUUGGCUAUUUAUCUCAUCCCCUUUUCUGGGCCUGGCCCUGGCCCUUGAGGAUUUAUUUGUGGGUUCAGAUGUGGAUGAAGAGAAAUUUUUGAGAAAAUGCCAGAGCCGUUUGUUUGCUAUUUACUUGAAAAUGUGAGCAUUCUCACUGUUAAAUAAAAGUUCAGAAUGGGAGAUGGAGAAAGCAAGAUGAAUAUAGUCGCAGGAGCUUCUUGGAGGAGGUUGCUGAUGGGUUUUGUUAUAGGGAGCGCACAGGGAUGCAGGCUGUCCAUCCGGGCUCUCUCUCUCUCUCACUCACUUCUAGAGAUGGGAAUGUCAAUCUAGAAGGGAAUAUCUGUUGUCCACGUUCCCUGUUUGUUAAAUUUUGAGCAUUUAAUCAUUGUGGAUGGUUUUCAUAGAGCUGUUUAAAAAAAAAAUCUGAGAUAAAAGGGGGAAAAAAAACUCAAUUGUGUUGCUCAAAAUUUCCC